AUGUGGCUCAGGGUCAUUAUGACUUUCCUUUCCUUCAUAGCAGGUGCUUGCUCAGGGCUGAAAGUGGCAGUGCCCUCACACACCGUUCAUGGCAUCAGGGGUCAGGCCCUCUACCUUCCCGUGCACUAUGGAUUCCACACUCCAGCAUCAGACAUCCAGAUCAUAUGGCUGUUUGAGAGAACCCACACGAUGCCCAAAUACUUACUGAGCUCCGUGAACAAGUCUGUGGUUCCUGAUUUGGAAUACCAACACAAGUUCACCAUGAUGCCACCCAAUGCAUCUCUGCUCAUCAACCCACUGCAGUUCACCGAUGAAGGCAAUUACAUUGUGAAGGUCAACAUUCAGGGAAAUGGAACUCUAUCAGCUAGCCAGAAGAUCCAAGUGACCGUUGAUGAUCCUGUCACAAAACCAGUGGUACAGACUCAGCCUUCCUCUGGAGCUGUGGAGUAUGUGGGGAACAUGACCCUGACAUGCCUCGUGGAAGGAGGUACCCGGCUGGUUUAUCAGUGGCUAAAAAACGAAAGGCCUGUCCACUCCAGCUCUACCACCUCUUUUUCUCUGCAAAACAAUACCCUUCAUAUUGCUCCAGUGACCAAAGAAGACAUAGGGAAUUACAGUUGCCUGGUGAAGAAUCCUGUCAGUGAGAUGGAAAGUGACAUCAUUAUGCCUACCAUAUAUUAUGGACCUUAUGGACUUCGAGUUAAUUCUGACAAAGGGCUUAAAGUAGGAGAAGUGUUUACUGUUGAUAUUGGAGAGGCCAUCUUGUUUUAUUGCUCUGCUGAUUCUUAUCCCCCCAACACCUAUUCCUGGAUCCAGAGGACUGACAAUACAACAUAUGUCAUUAAGCACGGGCCUCACUUGGAAGUUGCAUCAGAAAAAGUAGCCCAGAAGACAACUGAUUAUGUGUGCUGUGCUUACAACAAUGUAACUGGACGGCGAGAUGAAGCUCAUUUCACAGUCAUCAUCACCUCUGUAGGACUGGAGAAGCUUGCACAGAAAGGGAAAUCAUUGUCCCCUUUAGCAAGUAUAACAGGAGUAUCACUCUUUUUGAUUAUAUCCAUGUGUCUUCUCUUCCUAUGGAAAAAAUAUCAACCCUACAAAGUUAUAAAACAGAAGCUAGAAGGCAGGCCAGAAACAGAAUACCGAAAAGCUCAAACUCUUUCAGGCCAUGAAGAUGCUCUGGAUGACUUUGGAAUAUAUGAAUUUGUUGCUUUUCCAGAUGCUUCCGGUGUUCCCAGGAUGCCAAGUAGGUCUGUUCCAGCCUCUGAUGGUGUAUCAGGACAAGAUUUUCACAGUACAAUAUAUGAAGUUAUUCAGCACAUCCCUGCCCAACAGCACGACCAUCCAGAACUAUUCUAGCAGUGUUGUUUUCACUGCUGCAUGUGUCUGUUACCUAAUUGGACUGGUGUUUAAUAAAUAGGUAAGUCAACCUGUUUUCAUAUUUUAGUACUCUACCCAGUUAUUUGCUUAUUGAACUUAUGGCUACAUUCAUUUAAAUGCCAUCUGUUGACCUCAUUAAAUGCUCCUGGCACUGUUUGUUUUAAACCCUUGGCUGGCUGUUAGUAUUUUAAAAUCAGGACAUUUGAGUAAGUAAACCUCUACUUUCAAAAGGAAAAUUUCUACAAAAUUUACUGAUUGCUUACUCCUUAUACUUAUUUGUUUAUAAGUGUAAUUUUCUUGACUAGUUCAAAACAUUCCUAUUGCAGCUAUUGAAAAGAAUAAGAU